ACGCGGAGCGGCCCCGGUGCCACUACUCGCUCAGAGCUCCGUCGCCACUUGUUUCCCGGGUCCGAGUCUGCCUCUACCAUGGCCUCCAAACAAACCAAAAAGAAAGAGGUGCAUCGUAUCAACUCGGCGCACGGAUCGGAUAAAUCUAAAGAUCAGUACUACGUGGGCAGUAAUGUGCAACCUAGUUCCACUGAGCAGAAGAAGGGGAAAUUCCCAAUCUGGCCAGAAUGGAGUGAGGCUGACAUCAAUGCAGAGAAGUGGGACGCAGGCAAAGGUGGAAAAGAAAAGGACAAAACGGGAAAAAGCCCUCUAUUUCAUUUUUUUGAAGACCCCGAAGGAAAGAUUGAAUUACCACCAUCGUUGAAAAUUUAUUCCUGGAAACGUCCACAGGAUUUUUUAAUUAAUCGGGCUCCAGUAGUUGUGAGAAAUGAAAUCCUGUUUGAUUUGUUUUCAGCAAAUGAACAUUUACUCUGCAGUGAGCUGAUGAGAUGGAUUAUCAGCGAAAUCUAUGCAGUGUGGAAGAUAUUCAAUGGAGCUACUUUGAACAAUUAUUUUAAAGGGAAUGCAGGGGAACCUCCUCCUCUCAUCUGGAAGCCCUGGGAACACAUCUAUUCUCUGUGCAAGGCUGUGAAAGGUCACAUGCCUUUAUUCAAUAACUAUGGGAAGUAUAUCGUGAAACUUUAUUGGAUGGGUUGCUGGAGAAAGAUAACUAUUGAUGACUUUCUGCCUUUUGAUGAAGACAACAAUCUAUUGCUUCCAGCCACAACCUGUGAAUUUGAACUCUGGCCAAUGCUUCUGUGUAAAGCUAUCAUUAAGCUGGCAAAUGUUGACAUCCAUAUAGCAGAGAGGAGAGAACUAGGGGAGUUCACUGUUAUCCACGCACUCACAGGAUGGUUACCAGAAGUGAUCUCUCUCCACCCAGGAUAUAUGGACAAAGUAUGGGAGCUCUUGAAAGAAAUAUUGCCUGAAUUUAAGCUGUCAGUUGAGUCCAGUUCUGAAAGCAAAAUAGUUAUGUUAGAUGCCAAGUUAAAGGAACCAGUGAAGGACAGCAAAGAAUUCAAACCUGAAGGUUCAACGACAGCUCUAAAGGUACCUGAGAAAAGUGACAAAGCUCCAAAGGAAAAAGCAGAUGCAAAAGAUGUUGGGAAGAAAAAGAGUAAAAACGGAGAAAAAGAAAAGGAAAAAGAAAAAUUCAAAUGGUCGCUUCAUGCUUCAAGACCCUCAUCAGAUGUACAGUACUCACUGCAGUCUCUGUCAGAUUGUUCUUCAGCAAUACAGUUGCCACACAUGGUUGUAUAUGCUACGUUUACACCCCUAUAUUUGUUCGAAAAAAAGAUCUUUUCAUUAGAAAAAAUGGCUGGUUCUGCAGAGAAGCUGAGAGAAUACGGCCUCUCCCACAUCUGUAGCCACCCCGUGCUGGUAACCAGGACUAGGUCUUGCCCCCUCAUAGCACCUCCGAAAUCACCUCCUGUACCUGCCUGGAAACUCUUUCGUCAAAAAAAGGAAACUGUUAUAACAGAUGAAGCUCAAGAAUUAAUAACGGAGAAGCCCGAACAAUUUCUUGAAAUUUCAAGUCCGUUCUUGAAUUAUAGGAUGACUCCAUUUACCAUUCCAACAGAAACCCAUUUUGUACAGUCUUUUAUUAAGAAAGGGGUGCCUCCUAGAUUUGAUUUAUCAUCCAUUACCGAGAAUGAUGAAACCGCCACCAUUAGCCAGCCAGACUUAAGCCAAUUGACAGGAGCAGUUUCUCAGGGUAAUGUUAUUUCACAAGCUAUACUUGGAAAAGGUAAAGACGAACUGAUAGACUUUGGAUUGAAUGAUGCAACCCAUCAAGGGGAAGGAUUAAGUUUGGAAAGAGAUUUGGUCAGCCUGACAACAGCAACACAGGAUAAAUCACAGGAGGAGUUUGCAACCAUAAAUAAUAAUGUUUCUAAAGAAAUAUGGUUGGAUUUUGAAGACUUCUGUGUUUGUUUUCAGAACAUAUAUAUUUUCCACAAGCCCAAUUCAUAUUGCCUUAGCUUUCAAAAAACAGAAUUCAAGUUCUCAGAUGAACGUGUGCCCUACUAUCUAUUUGUGGAUAGUCUAAAACCUAUCGAACUGCUGGUUUGCUUUUCUGCAUUGGUACGAUGGGGAGAAUCUGGAGCUUUAGCAAAAGACAGCCCCCAAAUAGAGCCUGGACUGCUUACAGCUGAAUCAGUUUCUUGGAAAUCUCUGAAGUCCCGGGAACUUGUUACAAAGAUUCAUACAUAUGCUACUAAGGCUACAGUGGUUCGCCUGCCUGUUGGGAGACAUAUGCUGCUCUUCACUGCAUACUCCCCAGUAGGACAUUCCAUACACAUCUGCAGCAUGGUGACUUUUGUCGUUGGAGAUGAAGAUGUUGUGCUACCCCACUUUGAGCCCGAGAGCUACCGAUUCAUAGAGCAGUCUCUAACAAUUUUGAAAGCUGUUGGAAAUGUGAUUGCUAGUUUCAAAGAUAAGGGUAAACUCUCUGUGGCUAUGAAGGAUUUACAAGCGGCUCACUACCCUGUACCCCUCCACAAUAAAGAACUAACUACACAGCACUGCAGGGUUUUUCAUAUUUCUUUAUGGCGCUUAAUGAAAAAAACUCAGCUAACAAAACCUCCUCCCAACUUUAAAUUUGCAUUUCGUGCUAUGGUUUUGGAUUUGGAGUUACUCGAUUUCUCCUUAGAAGAGGUUUCUUUAGCGGAAUGGGUCCAUGUUAAAUACUCUCUACCAGUGAGUGAUAAAGAAUAUUCUCCCGAGGAAGUAGCAGCAGCGAUUAAAAUUCAAGCCAUGUGGAGAGGGACUUAUGUCAGAUUGCUUAUGAGAGCUAGAACACCAGAUACAAUAGAAAAUGCCAGUGUUGCAGAUACUCUUCAAAAAGUUUGGAGUAUAUUGGAACCGAAUAUAGAACAGUAUGCAGUUUCUCUCUUAAGACUAAUGUUUAAAAGCAAGUGCAAGUCUAUUGAAUCUUAUCCAUGCUAUCAAGAUGAGGAAACUAAGAUUGUUUUUGCUGACUAUACUGUGACUUAUGCAGACCAGCUACCAAAUAGUUGGUUUAUAGUAUUCAGAGAAACAUUUUUGGUUCCUCAAGAUAUGAUUUUGGUUCCCAAAGUAUAUACUACACUUCCAGUCUGCAUGCUCCACGUUGUUAAUAAUGACACAAUGGAACAAGUGCCAAAGGUAUUCCAAAGAGUGGUGCCUUAUCAUUAUACCAAGAAUAAGAAAGGCUACACAUUUGUGGCUGAAGCAUUUACUGGUGACACAUACGUACCAUCCUCACGGUGGAAACUGCGCAUCAUUGGGUCCUGUAAUCCACUCCCAUGCCUAUCUCGAGAGUCUCCAUGCAACACUUUUACUAUAAAGGAAAUCAGAGAUUACUACAUACCCAAUGAUAAGAAAAUUUUAUUCAGGUAUUCCAUUAAAGUUGCUUUACCGCAUCCUGUUACAAUACAGGUACGCACGUCUAAACCAGAUGUAUUCAUCAAGCUACAGAUCUUAGAAAAUGAGGAAAUUAUUGUCAGCUCCACUGGGAAAGGCCAUGCUAUAAUCCCAGCAAUCAACUUCUUAGGGAGUGAAAAAGUUGUGAGCUCUCAGUCUAGCAAACAAGUUCUUUUAAUGCACUCUGCAUCCAAGAAGGAGCAAGAAUGGUACAGCAAAAAGAAAUCUACCCAGGGAAGUCAGAAAUCCUAUAAGGGCAGACCUGCAAGUGCAAUCGUAGACCCUGGGCAGCCCAUUCUGGAGGAGGAAGUUGUCAGUAUGCCCACCAUAGAAGAAAAUGCUAGCACUGCACAGCAGGUUAACAAGUACAUUAUACAGUGUUUGGUAUUGUACAACAGUUGGCCUCUCACUGAAAGUCAGCAGACAUUUGUUCAAGCAUUGAAAGAAUUGGAAAAAAGUGAUAGCAAAGCUCAUGGAGAGAAACAUGAGGAAUUAGUUACCUUGGGAAGCCCAGAUUCCCAUACUAUUAGUGAGGGGCAGAAAUCUUCAGGAACUUCUAAAAUAAGGAAAGGCAAGGAAAAGUCUUCAGAGAAAGACAAGACAGCCAGAGAAAAACAAGUCCCUCGCUUUGAGCCUCAGAUAUCCACUGUUCACUCUCAACAAGAAGACCCAAAUAAACCCUACUGGAUUUUGAGGUUGGUCACAGAACACAAUGAAGCAGAAUUUUUUGAAGUGAAAAAGGAUACAGAACGAGCAGAUGAAAUCCGAGCCAUGAAGCAAGCCUGGGAGAUGACUGAGCCAGGAAGAGCUAUCAAGGCUUCCCAGGCUCGCCUGCAUUACCUCAGCCGGUUCAUUAAGAAAAUACCGGAUGCGGACAGCAUGCCUGUGUCUGAGAGCCAAACCAAAGCUCUGGAGGAAGUUGAAACUUUGUCAAGUGCCACAAGAGAGUCAGAAACAAAGAGUUCUGUGAGUUCCGAUAACAAAGAUGUCGUGUCGUCAGGGAAUAUGCUGUGGAAGAAGUGGCAAAUGGGGAAGGGCUUGAAGGAUCUUUCCAAAUCCGGGAGCAGCGAAAGCGGAGGAACGUCCCCAGCAGGGAAGGAGGAGCAGAGCGUGCGGAAGGAGAUCAUUUUAACAGGAUCUCGUUCACGAUCCCCAACAAUUUUGGAAAUGUCUCCACAACUUAUUCGAAAAGCACUAGAAUGUGUAAACUUAACUCAGUAUGUACGAAAAACAAUGGACUUUGACCCUAUGCUGCAAACAGAGGAAUUGAACCAGCAUCAGGCAAUGCAAAAGGCAGAGGAGGUUCAUCAGUUCCGCCAGUAUAGGACCAGAGUCCUCAGCGUUCGAGACAUUGACCAAGAGGAACAGCUUAAAGUAAAGGAUAAAAUCCUGGAGAUGUAUGGGGAGAUGCGGGACUCUUUAGAUGAAGCCCGACAGAAGAUCUUCGAUAUCCGGGAAGAGUAUAGAAACAAGUUGCUGGAAGCUGAGCGCCUAAGAUUGGAAGCUCUGGCUGUGGAAGAGGCAACAAGUCCGGUGGAGCCAGAGAAGAACACGCUGUCUCCAGACACACAGAAAAAAAAGAAAGGAAAGAAGAAGUAA